AUGGUCGGGAAAGUCAGCGAACGCGUCCUUCUCAGGGAGGGGUUGGAGCGUACCGACAAUGGCAUGAAGCAGACAAGUUGGCCCGACGUCGUCCCCAUCAACCAGAAGAACUAUUACACUGAUUAUAUGAAGCGGGAUGACCAGAUCCUUUCCCUCAGACUCCAAAGCGAACUCAAUAGAGACCGGCUUGUACAAAGCGCCAAAGACCGCGAUCGCGCCCUCAACUACACCAAUGGCGAAGUACCUCUGCCUCUCGACGAGCUCCAGGGCGAUGAUGGACCGACAUCCGCAGCAUAUGCCGAGCCGUCCAAGGUCAUCGUCAUCCACCCGGGAAGUCAAAACCUCCGAAUUGGCUUUGCGAGCGACGCGCUUCCAAAAACCAUCCCCAUGGUUCUCGCGACAAAGUACCCACAGACAGAGUCGGAAAUGUACGAAGCGCUACCGAGGAGGCAGUUCGAGGCUAGAACAACCGAGCAGCAAUACGGCGAAGACUGGUCCAAGAAGUACCAAAAGAUGUCCAAUGAUCUCAAGGCCGACAUGCGCGCAAACAGGCGCAAAGUUCUCCCCAACUCGAAAGAUCUGGUUCUCAAUUUCAACCGCCGAACAGAGGCCGAGGUCAUCUCCACCCACAACGAUCCCCUUCAAGUCGACUGGACUGAUGUCAACGCUCUGGAAGACCCGGAUUCGAACACGUCUGUGUUCAUUGGACAACAGGCGCAACGCAUUGCCGACGACUCCAACCCCAAAUUCAAGCUAUGGUGGCCGAUACAACAUGGCUGGAUGAACGAGGAUGACUAUCCCACAAAAGCCCACCUAUUCAACGACAUCGAGACCUUACUUGACCGUGCUUUGCGAUAUGAUCUGGGUCUGAAGCGAAGUACCGAAUGGAAACAGUAUAGCUGCGUCUUCGUCAUCCCAGAUCUCUACGACAAGAAGUAUGUGGAGCAAAUACUGCACCUCUGCGUGGAGUGGUUCGAGUUCAGCAAGAUCUCGUUCAUACAAGAGAGUAUGGCGGCUUCGUUUGGUGCCGGCUACACACAGGCCUGUGUUGUAGACGUCGGCGCACAAAAGACCUCCAUUACCUGUGUUGAGGAUGGACUCUGCAUCGAGGACUCCCGCAUCAACCUUAAAUACGGCGGCUACGACGUUACCGAAACUUUCAUCAAGAUGAUGCUUUACGACAACUUCCCAUACCAGGAAAUCAAUCUACGACGAAGAUACGAUUUCUUGUUGGCCGAGGAGCUAAAGAUCAAGUACUGCACGCUAUCCCAGGCCAACAUAUCUGUUCAGAACUCCGAUUUCCACGUGCGCGCUCCUAACCAGCCCACUCGCAAAUACCAGUUCAAAUUCUACGAUGAGGUUAUUCUGGCCCCUAUGGGCUUCUAUGACCCUUCUAUUUUUGACAAUAGCACCAAGCUUAGAGGUAGGAGGAAGCUCAUCGAAAGGUCCUACAACGCCUACGAUGUGGAAAUCCCUGAUGACCCUACAUCGGCAGCGCAGUUCGCCGUCCUGUCCCACAUCGCCCCAUCCCUUAACGCACACACCCUUGCGGGAGCGUUGAGUGAUCUUGCUACGCCCGGCAAGGAGAAACCUCUACCAUUCAAUUUCUUGGCACGCACCGACACCGCGGCUGGCACGCCCGGCACAUCAAAGGCCCCAUCACCCGCCCCUGGCGAGGGCGCCAGCACCCCCGUUCCACCGCCGUUCGUCUUCGGAGCAGGCGGCGGUAGUCCCGCUCCCAGUGGACGGAAUGGCACUACCCCAGUGCCCACGAAUGGGGCAUCUGCGGCUCCCAACGGUACUGGCGCUGCCAACACGCUAGCCGUUCCUGUUGGCAUGCCAGCCGAGGCCGUCCAGCGCACGCCCAAGUCGAUGGCCGCAGAGCGUGACGCCGUGCUGCCAGUAAUGCCUCUUGACAUCGCCAUCAUGACGAGCAUUCAGAACGCCGCUAAGGGCGAUGAGAAGAAGGUCAGAGAACUGAUGGGAAGCAUCAUGGUUAUUGGCGGUGGUGCCAAGACACCGCACUUUGCGCCAUACCUUGAGGAGAAACUCAAGGCGCGCCGGCCGGACUUGUCGGAGCGUAUCCUGGUGAGCAGGAGCGCGAGGGAGAUGGACGAGCAGGUCGUUGUGUGGAAGGGAGCUAGCGUCUUUGCGAAGCUGUCGACCAACGAUUCAUGGAUCACAAACUAUGAGUAUAAGAUGCUGGGGUCUAGGGUUAUCUACCACAAGGCGCUGUGGCAGUAUUGA